UUGUGCCUUUUAGAACCUUAACGGCGGCGGAAUAAAGUUUCAUUCAGAAAAGUCGAAUGAGACGCCAUCUCCUACGUUCACGCCAGAGGACAUCAAAUACCUGAAUCUGAUGUGGAAAGGAGACGAUUUCGAAUGGCUGUUCGAAAUCGGUAGCCGCAUAUACUUCAACGUGUUCGAAAACGCUCCGCAGCUCAAAAGGUUCUUCCCGUACAUUUACGCAAACGGACGUGAACAGGAGAACUGGAAAGAAUCAAAGGGCUUCCGGCAGCAGAGCCUCCGUUUAGUACAGGUGAUCGGCAACUGCGUCGAAAUGCUGCAGGGCAGCUGCUGCGGUCACCAAGACAUGAUCAAGUCCAUGAGAUCGCUGCUCCUACGGGUAGGACACGUUCAUCGAUUGUAUUCAACACGCGGGUUCACGGCCUCUGACUGGCAACACUUCCGUAUCGCUGCGUUAGAAGUUCUUCGAAGUCAGCUGACGAGGAUGAGCCUCUUCGAAACAGAGUCUGCAUCUGCCAUGGCGGCGUGGACAAAACUAAUAAAUUACAUCAUUUCGACGAUGGAAUUUGGAUACGUGCAUGACGGCUUUUAG